AUGGACGGGGAUGAAGCGCCGGCCCACGGCGACAGCAACGAUAACACCGACCACAACAACAACAACAACAACCCCGGCAAAGCAUCAAAACGUGAUCGCUUCAAGGGCGCCUUGUCACGGACAAAGAGUAAAUUCAAAAAGCACGAUAACAAGAGCGAGGCGGAAAUCAAUGACGAGGUGAACGACUUUCUCGCGGGAGGACGCACGUCGACAUCGAGCUGGACCUCGGGCAAAGAUACACUGCGCCCGGGCACGAUCACAACAACGCAAGGGUACUCGUCUUCGCUGGAAACGUCGCCGGCUGACCAGGCGGCUUCACCGCGACCGUCUACGUCGGAUUCGGCGUCGAUUUCCAGACACUCUCCGAGAAAGAUCACGGUGCCCAAGAUUGAUGUCUCGAACUCACAACGAUGGCCCGCGGCGCAACCCCUCAGUCCUCAGGGGCCCGCCGAGGGCGCGGCGGGCUUUCUACGUCCGGAAUACCAUGGCCGGAGCCAGUCCGCCUCGUCCCUGACGAAGAGAAAGGGCAGGGCACGUGGCCUCAGUGUCACCUUCAUCGAUGAUCCGCCCACCGUCAUCGGCGAAGGCGGGGACGACGCACCCACGCCCCCCCUGGAGAUUUCAAAAGCAAAGGCGAGGGCGAGGUCCGUCUCGCCAAUGUCGCCGCGGGUUCGACAGAGACCCGCGGGAGCCUCUCGGCCGACGGCGGCCGGAGGUGCUGGAGCGUACGAGUACCCACGACCACCUGCGGCACCAGCAUCGUCACCGUCGAGUCAACAUGAACCGCCUGAUGUUCUGAGACCUCGAGGGCUACAGCGAGUGCAGACGGGCUUGUCACCGUCAGCGGCCACCGCAUCUUUAGGGCUGGACAAGGAGUUCGAAAUGACUCUGCAAAUUGGGAACCAAGCCAAUCCCCCUGGUAGAGAGGUCGCGUCCAACAGUCCCGAAAUCAUUGCUCCAAGACCGGUCCGUCCCGUUCAACCACCGCCACUAGUCGUCGAGCGGCCCGACACAUCUGUCUCUGUUGUUCACGAGGCACAGUCGUCGUCGUCGUCGAGCAGUGGUCGGGCGGAUGACUUUCGAGAAGGAGACGUUCUUCGCAUGCAUCACGACCCUAACAUCCCCACCAUCGAGGAAAAUACACCGGCCUCGGGUUCCAGCAGGGAAGUCAGCCCUGUCAAACAACGACAAUACCAGAACUUUGUGUGA